UGUGAUACUGCAGAGUUUGUCGCGUUCUGCUUGCGUCUACAAGGAAGAAGGCUGUGGUGGUGUCUUUUUUAUGUGCUUUUCUUUAUUUUUCAUUUUUACACGUUCUCCUUUUUUUAUCAUUUCUCACUUAUUUGAAAACAUGUCGUUGUUUGGCACCGCUGCUUAAACUACAGGUUGACGGGAACUAACGAAUGCUAGGAUCGAGUUUCCGAGUGUUUAGGUUUCUUGGCUUUUUUCACGAAUGUCGCUGGAAGAUGCCGCCGUGACAGUGCUGAAGAGAGCCGUGGAAAUGGACACGUGCUCGAGGUUUCAGGAGUCACUUAUUUGUUAUCAGGAGGGAAUCCAGAUACUGCUGAACGUCCUAAAAGUCACAAAAGAUGAAUCCAAAAAGACUGCAUACAGAGAAAAGAUUGAUCAGUACAUGAACAGAGCAGAGUUGAUUAAGAAGCGUGUUAAUCAGGAUAAAGAAGAGGGGAAGUACCAUGAGCAGAUCAAAAUUAAAGAGAAUGACACAGGCUACAGUUUUGAGAGAGUCUUUAAACCAUAUAUCAGUGAAAACCUGACUGAAGUGUAUGUGGAGGAUCCGUAUAUCAGGUCCAUUCACCAGCUGUACAACUUCUUAAGAUUUUGUGAGAUGCUUCUCAAAGCUUCUUGUAAAGUGAAAACCAUCCGUCUGCUUACAUCCCUAGAUGAGGGUGAAAAUGCCUCCCAGCAGAAGAGUGCCCUGUAUGAAAUUGAGGAGUCGCUAAAGGUCCAUGGUAUAGUGUUGACUACAGAAUAUUCUUCCACAAUUCAUGACAGGGAAAUCCGGUUUAAUAAUGGUUGGAUCAUAAAGAUUGGAAGAGGACUGGACUAUUUCAAGAAGCCUAAGGGUCGUUUUUCAGUUGGCUAUUGUGACUAUGACUUGAGACAGUGCCAUGAGACAACUAUAGAUGUGUUUCAUGUGAAGCACACAAAAAUAAUGUAACAGUGAGCCUAUAGAAGAAGUAAUGUAUAUGUCAGACUCUUCAGAAUGAAAAUCACCAUUCUCAAAAUACUGCUUUUAGGUUACUUCUACACUAAUGACUUGAUAUUUUGACUGUUACCACAAAAUGUAUCAGCUUGUAUAAAGUGAAACAAAGUAAACUGAAACAAUUAUUAAAUGUAAAAUGCAUUUAUUUUUACCCUUCAAACAGCAACAUGAUGCAAUUUUGACAAUUUUUUGCAUUUUAAAUGUACUGUUGUUUUCUGGAGUAGGUUGUGCCUUUCACAUUUGCCUGUACAUUGCUGAAAGAUUUCUUAGGAAUUACUACCACAGAGGCUUUUUAUUUUAACAAUUCAGGUGGGAGCCUAAUUUAGUUAAUUUAUUUUGGGUUUAUGCUGUAAUUGCUUUUAAAAUAAUGAUUUUAACUGAAAUUAGGAUAUUAAAGUGUGUAUAUAAUACAUUUUAUUAAAUAAAGAUUUUUUUUCUUACAUUAUCAAACAGUUUAAUGACUUUUUCAAAAUCUUAGGGUUCUCUUAUCCAAAAACAAAUAGUGUGGGAAAUAAUAUAUUGAUUACUACAUUUUAAAUGUAUCCUUUAAAAGUAUUUGACUGUUUUCCAAAGAGUUCUAGGUCUGACACCAGGGGGAAAUAAGGUAGGUUUUUGAAUAUGACUGUAAAUAUUAAAGAUGGUGAUGGAGGGUUGGUCUUCAGCAUUUCAUUACUGUAACAAAUGAAACUUUCACUAAGAGAAGUUAAGUAUCAGACUACUGGUUUUGAAAUAAGAAAUGUGAUUUUUUUUUUUUUUUUCCGCUUUAAACAACAGGUGACUGUAUUUUAUAAAAUAAAGAUUAUUAAUU